GCCUCUCGAGGUGAUUUGUCUGAACUGUUAAAUAUGUGGAUGGACAGGCCUCUCGAGGUGAUUUGUCCGCCGGCUUGUAUUCAUGGAUGUGUAACUUGCUACCGCUAGUCAGUAAUAACAAGAGCUGCUGCCCUCAGUCAUUGGAUCUCGUUCUUCAAUUCGCUGAGUACAUCUUGUCUCGUCCGGAAGCUCUCACUAUACUUGUAAAUGGAGGUGGUGUUAUGGAAGGACAGCGGCUGGUUCCACUUCCUUCACUUGACAUCUUGCUGCGCCUCACAUUCCCUGCUCCAUCUGCAAGAGUUGAGACUACAGAGAGGUUUGAGGCAAUAUAUCCCUUGCUGAAGGACGUGGCUCUUGCACCAGAGGCAGAGAGGGCAGGAAGAGGAAGAUAUGCCAUGAAACGUAUACUCACCUUUGCCUUGACGUUAGCUGGAGAAGAAGGGAAUCCUGUUGUUUUAGCCAAGGAAGCUACCUCAAUCGCUAUCAGGGCCCUAUCAGAAAACGUGUACUGCUUUGACCACUGGGACAAAAUUUAUGUGGAUAAUCCAGAAGCAAGUGUUGCGCUUCUCAAGAAGCUUGUAGACGACAAUCAGUUCCUCAGACUAUCAACAUCACCAAGCGAUAUUCUCACUGUCAUUGUCCAUGAAACUAUGGAGAGCUUCAGGCGUAAGAACAAAAGAGCCAUCGCUGAAGGAGGAGCCAAUUGUGCUCUUUACAAAGAAGCUGACAAGUACUGCAGACUGAUCUCUUGGAGACUCUGCUUCAGAUUGACACCCAUUAAUGCUUUGGUUCCAGCUGCUGUCGGAGCUGCUGUCGGAGCUACUGGUGCAGCUCUUAUUGCAGGAGUUUCUUUGGUGUCACCAUCACUAUAGAUAAUGCCAAGAGAAGAAACUUAUGUAGGCAUAAAACCGUUAGUACUGUUUCUAGCUUAAGACCGAGCUUCAAGUGCUAGUGAAAAGCAAAUAGAGCUGGUAGCUUGUAAAUGCGCCUUUUCCUCUUAAAUUAAAUCUUCAUAUUUCAUUUUAUGAACUCUUUAGUAACAAAUAUUCUUGUGUAUAUAUAUCCUCUAACAGGAGUUAUAAAAAGUUGCUAGCCAAGUGCAAUGAGCCGGCAAUCUUAGUUUUGUGUCUCU